GUCGGUUAAUUUAAUUCAGUUUUAUGCAAAUCAUUUUUUCUCGAUUCGGAAAUCAAAUUCUGCCACCGUCCCUCCCAAAUUUCUCUGUUUCUUCUCAGAAAUUUCAAAAUCUCAGUCUACAUAAACACUCUCUUUUUCUAAUCUUCGUACGUUUUUUCAAAUUUGACCUUCACUGUUAGGGCUUCUUGCGUUUCUGGGAUUUUUUUUUGUUUUGUUUUUGCAGUCGGGAUUGCGACAAUCUGUCUACAGAAAUGUCGGCUUCGACCGUCUCGAUAACGGCGAAUCCGGCGGCGCGGAGGAGGCCGGUUUUGGCCUCGGAGAGGAAAGGGGCAAGUAUUGAAUUGUUGGCCACUGAUGGCGUUAACCCUCUUUCGAAUACUGCUACUGUCGGGACUGGUGGUGCCGCCGAUGAUAAAGUCGCCGGUGGAAAUGGUAGGGAUAUGAGUCAUCAUUCGAUUAGGGGUGAGGUUGUUCUCGAGCGGUCUUCUAGGGAUCCACUUCAGAUCAAGAAAGCUGUUGCGAAUUCUACCAUCUCCCCGCGGCGGAGUAGAAAGGUACUUACGAAGGCCGAGAAGCCUCGAUGGGUCACCAUUCUUAGUGUCUUUACGAAGAAUUUUGUUCUUUUGUUGGUUCUUUUGGGAUUGGCUCAAAUGAUUAGGAAAUUAGCCCUUAAGUCUGGUGAAGGAGCGGUGGGAAAUCAGAUGGGGUUUUCGGAAGUGGAGGGGCGGAUUGCGGAAGUUGAAGCACUCUUGAAGACUACUAGUAAGAUGUUUCAGGUUCAAGUGGAGGUUGUUGAUCGGAAGAUUGAGAAUGAGGUUGGGGGAUUGAGAAGGGAAGUUAACAAGAAGAUUGAGGAGAAAACUGCUGAUCUUGAUAGCGGUUUGAAGAAGCUGCAGAACAAGGGGGAAGAUUUGGAAAGGUCUUUGAGCGAGUUGAAGGCUGGGGAUUGGUUGUCAAAGCAAGAAUUUGAUAAGAUUUAUGAGGAAUUGAAGAAGGCCAAAAACGGUGAAUUUGAUGAGCGAUUUUCGAAUUUGGAUGAUAUAAGGGCAUUUGCAAGGGAGAUGAUUGAGAAGGAGAUUGAGAAACAUGCGGCUGAUGGGCUUGGUAGAGUGGAUUAUGCUCUUGCUUCUGGUGGGGCAAUGGUUGUAAAGCAUUCGGAUCCGCAUAGAGGAAGAACAAGUAAUUGGUUUUCGAGAAGUGUGAGGAAUGGGGUUCACAGUGAUGCGGAUAAGCUGCUGAAACCUAGCUUUGGGGAGCCUGGGCAGUGCUUCCCCUUGAAAGGAAGUAGUGGGUUCGUUCAAAUUAAGCUGCGGACUGCAAUUGUUCCAGAAGCUAUUACUUUGGAGCAUGUUGCCAAGAGUGUGGCAUAUGAUAGAUCAAGCGCACCUAAGGAUUGCAGGGUAUCUGGAUGGUUUCAAGGGGACGAUGCAAAUUCUGCUGCCGAUGCUGAGAAGAUGUUCCUCUUGGCCGAGUUUACAUAUGACCUCAAGAAGAGCAAUGCCCAGACAUUCGACGUAGUGGAGACACCAGGCUCUGGUCUCGUUGACAUGAUCCGAUUAGAUUUCUCAUCCAACCAUGGUAGCACAUCUCAUACUUGCAUCUAUCGUGUGAGGGUUCACGGUCACGAACCGUAUUCUGUUUCUAUGAUGGCGACACAGUCAUGAUGGAUGGGCUGCAGCCAAGCAGCCAAGCAGCCAAGCUUGUAUUGGGUUCCAACUUCCAAGUUUGUAUUAUCCUUGUAACUGUUACAUUCCCUGUCCUUAUUCUUUAUUUAGAACCAUAGCCCUCACACUUAGAAUCUUUUGGUUAGUGGGCACAGGUGUUGUUUCCUACUUUUAACUUCAUCUUCUUUCUUUUUCCUCUUAAGGCAUUGUAAACAGAUGGAAUUUGUGGGGUUAUGAAUUUUUUUUUACUGUGCAGUGCAGGCCUGUUUGAUUCCUAAAGCUUCUCAAAGUCCUAUUCAAAGGUGAGCUCUAAA